GUUGCUGAGUCCUGGGAACUGGUCUGAGUGAGGCGACGUUGCUGAGAUUGCCGCACCACAACCUAAUUAACCCAAUUAACCUAACCCAGCUGAUCCAAUCAAAUCCCUAAAAAUAUUGAAAGUUACUUCAGUGUAGCUUCCGGGGACCUGGGACGCCCGCACACAGCAUUACAUUAAAUUCUUCACUAGUAAAUCAGAUAAAAUACUGAUGUCUCUUUGGAGAUGCAUCUCACCAGCUUCGUCUCUCGCGGUUCGGUCAGAUUUGUAAAAAAAAAGAAAAAUAAAAAAAUAGUGAUUCAUGGAUAAACACGUAAAGAAAACACUGAAAUAAAGACAAACAUUGACGUAGAAGACAGUAAAGCGAACGUUGCGGAAAUCAAGAAAAUGGAAUGAAAUGAAGAAUUUAAAGGAGGCUGAAGCCUACGUGAAAUGAAACACGAAAUAAUAGAUGAAAUCAUGGGAUAUAGGCAACACAGACUAAUUAGACAGACUCGCUAAAUAAUUUCGGUAAUAAUGGGUAAGAAACAGUCCUGAGACAGACUAAUGACUACACUUUACCUGUUGUUACAUCGGUAAGUGGCAGGAAUGGCGUCUCUUAAUGAGAAGCAGGACGCUUCCAAGAGGUGCUUGAAGCAGGGGAAAGCAGGUGACAUCUGUGGGCCGGGCAGCAGUGGCCACCCGGGAGGUAGGGGUGACCAUCCGGGACACCUGGACAACUUAGGCCACGGGACCACACCUCCGGACCACCAGAAGACGGCAGUGUCGAAGGCAGCGGGGGAUGCCACAAGUGAGUCUUCAGGACAGAGAGAACGGCUGAGUGUCAGCCAUACGGUAGAAACAGCGGUGCAGCCGGAUAGGAAAGAGAGUUUUUCUGAGAGCUCAAGAAAGGCCGGACCCUCAGAAGGGGGACAAGCAGUAAACUCCUCCUCCGAAGAAGAAGACGAGAGGAUAGACUUCUCAGGACUCCAGGAAAAAGCAGGAAGAACUAGGAGGAAGCGGAGCUUCCUUGAACACGAGGAACGUGUAACAUUCUUGGGAUACCGGAAGAAAGAGGAAAAUGUGGAACCCACCAGCACCACAGCUGCCAGCAGCAGGGCGGACACCCCGCAGGGCGAGUGGGCGGGGUGGGCUGACGCUCGCCAGUGGGCGGGGUCAGCAGAGGGCGAGGACUGGGAGGGGAGGAGUGAGGGACCAGGGUGGGCUGAGCUCAGCGGCGCUGUACUCAAGGAACUGUGGAAUGACGCCAGAGAUUACCUGGAGGCUGCCAGACAUCCUCAGCAGCAUGGUGGUGACGCGGAUAGCUGGCGCAGCAGUGGUGGACUUGGUCCUGGACGUCCUCAACCCCACCAGGAGGACACUGCUAUAUUCUUCAGGGACGGACGCCGCAGGAUCGACUAUGUGCUUGUGUACGAGGACUCUGGAGGCGCGAGUCGCAGGGGCUGCGAGGAACGCGAUAAAACCCUCAACAGGACACAAUCCACCAGCGAGAAGAGAGCCUUGAAGCACGAGUCUUGGAGAGAAAGGUUCAUGAUGAGUUAUGUUGUAUUCUUGCUGCACCAACAGGAGACAGAGGAGACGGGGAAGAAAGUGAUCUGCUUCAUCAAGGUCAGCGCUCCCUGGCCAGUCCUCUGUCACUACGCUGAGGAACUCAACAUGAGAGCUCCCCUCCAGGUACGACAGGCUGGGAUGCUACACAAGCUGCUGAGAGCCCACCACCCCAGCAGCACCGCUCACAAUAACCCCUCCACUAACUGGUCUGAGGUCAUCCUUGAGCGGAUACACCUGCCCAACUUGAUGGCUGAGGACGUGCCCAACAAGCCCCUCGACUACUUCACCUGCGCCUUCAAAAAAUCCAAGAUCAACAGAAAACUCAUAACCAAGUUCUUAGGGAGUGACAACCCUGACCAGUACUUCACCAAUACACAGCGAUCCAGGAUCGUCCACGAGAUCCUCUCCACGGCACCGUUUGGCAAAAGGAAGAAAGGGGAGAUAGGCUUCGAGAGGCUGGUGGAGGAAGGAGUGUACAGUGCCGCCUUCCCACUCCAUGAUGGUGCAUACGAGUACCCAGUGGGUUGCCGUGACCCAACACAGCUCAACCCUCGUCAGGUGUUAUACCAUUACUGGGCACGGUGGGGCAAGUGGUACAAGUACCAGCCCCUCGACCACAUCAGGGAGUACUUCGGUGAGAAGAUCGGCAUCUACUUUGCCUGGCUGGGUUUGUACACUGGCUGGUUAUUACCAGCAGCGUUAGUGGGUCUUCUGGUGUUUCUCUACGGUGUUCUGACCAUCAAUCAGAACACUCCAGCCAACGAGAUCUGUAACCAGCGCGGAGUGUUCAAGAUGUGUCCGCUGUGCAACGAGACGCUGGGCUGUGCUUUCUGGGACCUCAAUGACAUCUGCGUUAACGCCAGAAUCUCCUAUCUCUUCGACCACCCUGGCACCGUCUUCUACGCUAUAUUCGUCUCGUUCUGGGCUGUGUCGUUCCUGGAAUACUGGAAGAGGAAGAGCGCGUCACUGGCGCACCACUGGGAUUGUCUGGACUUCCAGGAGGAGGAGGAGCGGCCUCGCCCAGAGUUCGCAGCCAAGGCUCCCUGUCAGGAGAGGAACCCUAUUACUGGAGUCCGUGAACCAUCCUUCCCUAAGUCCAUCAGAACUAAGAGAAUCAUGGCUGGUGUUGGCCUAAUUUUUAUUAUGAUGAGUUUAGUGAUCAUCUUCAUCGUGGCUGUGAUCAUCUACCGGGUGUUGGUGUCUAUACCGCUCUUCCGCAACGACACGCUCAGAGCACAGGCACAAGCCAUCUCCUCUCUGUCAGGAGCCGUAGUCAACUUCAUAAUCAUCAUGUGUAUGGGCCGAGUCUAUGAGAAGCUGGCACACAGACUCACCACCUGGGAGAUGCACAGGACGCAGUCAGAGUUCGAGGACAACCUCACCUUCAAGGUCUUCAUCUUCCAGUUCGUCAACUUCUAUUCCUCCAUUUUCUACAUCGCUUUCUUCAAGGGUCGUUUCGUCGGGUACCCGGGUCACUACCACCACAUUCUUGGUCUCAGAAAUGAAGACUGUUCAGCUGGUGGUUGUCUGAUUGAGCUGGCACAACAGUUGGCUGUCAUUAUGAUUGGCAAACAAGUUGUCAAUAAUGCCCAGGAGAUCCUCGUUCCCAAGGCCAAGGCUUGGUGGCACAAGAAACAGGUGAAGAUGACCCACAAAGCCAGGACGAGGUGGGAGGCUGAUUACCAGCUCAUUGAUAACGAAGGUCUUUUCCAGGAGUACCUGGAAAUGGUGCUGCAGUUUGGGUUUAUCACCAUCUUCGUGGCCGCCUUUCCAUUAGCUCCACUCUUUGCUCUUCUAAACAACUGGGUGGAGAUACGGCUGGAUGCGCAGAAGUUUGUGUGUGAAACCAGGCGGGCAGUGUCUGAGCGAGCACAGAACAUUGGCAUCUGGUUCACCAUUCUCGACUUUAUGGCCCACCUGGCAGUCAUAAGCAAUGCGUUCCUGAUUGCCUUCACCUCGGAGUUCCUGCCUCGUCUACUGUACAAGUAUGAGUACGACUGGUCACUCAGAGGCUAUGUUAACUUCACUCUGGCCAAGGCUCCUAACAAUACUCUCAGUGAGGAGUGUAGGUACCGUGGUUACAGGGACUCUGAGGGAAGACACACUCUCUUCUUCUGGCGUCUGCUGGCCAUCAGACUGGGAUUUGUCAUUGUCUUUGAGCAUGUUGUGUUCGGUGUGUGUCGACUGAUAGACAUAUUGGUGCCUGAUGUUCCCCAGAGUCUGGAGAUCAAGAUGAAGAGAGAGAGGUACCUAGCUAAGCAGGCUCUGGCUGACUCUGAUACCAUCAUGAAGGUUGCCCAGGGAAAGGACGAAGAGGAUGAGGAUGUUGUUGCAGCUAAUGACAUCAACAUUGUUAUGAAUGAUGCCGACACCCCUUCAGUUGUCAUCCCUCCUCCUGUAUCCUUUCCAUCUAACGAGCCCACUCCACCUCCAAAAGAAUCUCCAACAUUCUCUAACUAUGAUUUCGAAAAUACAAGAGAUUCUCCAGUAGCAAAUCCGUACACCAAGAUGUCUCCCACCAGUCGGCCGUCAUCCGACGCCAACAGCUCCGCCACCAACACACCGUCAUCUUCAUCUUCUCACUCUAAAAAUCAAUACUCCUCUUUCAGCAACAGAAGUCCUCGUCCUUCCAAUAACAGCAGUGGCGGCACAGCGAUGCCCACAACAGAGGCACCUUCUUCCAAGAGUCUUCAAGGCUCAGUCAACAAUGAGACUCCUGCCCGUCCUCCAACAUAACAGUCCACCGCCCUCACCCGUCCUAUUGUCGUGUACAAGCAGACAGCUGUGUAAGGAGCUUGUGUACGACCAACUUGAGUUGUUCUUUGGUUGAGGCGCUCUAGUCUUGGUAGAAUCAGGAUGGUGGAGGACGAUAUGCCAAAGAGAAUUACGAACAAAUGUGAGUUGCAUGAAUAGCAAGUGUUGAGCCAUAGCACUAACACACGAGUGUGACUUCUGCAACACAAAAUUAAAAGUGUCAGACCUAAGAUCUUCAUGAACUAGUGGAGAUACAUGUUUCUAUUACAAUAAAAAUAUGUAACUUGGGUUAUCUCCAACAAGCACAAAUCUUCAGUAAUUUUAGGCUUGAAUGGAAUUUCGGCAAUUGAUCCUCCCACACAAAGAUACUUGAGUGCCUUCUUGUUGUUUCUUCUGUGUUUAUGUUUUGUAGUAACUUGACGGGUGGCGGCAGUGUUGACUCUUUAUAGUAUUGUAACUAAAUGGAACUAAUUUCAAGCCAUUAGAAAUAAAUAUAAGACUUUAAAAAACUUAGUAAAUUCCAUGUAAAGCAUGUAAAACUUUUGUCAAUAAAUUCAGAAAUUGCUAUUGAUUGUGCAAUAUUAAAGCCACACUAUCACACAAUAUGCUAAACCUCUCCAAGGGAAAAUAAGAGACACAUAAACCAUUUAAUCUAGUAUUAUCUGUUUUUUUAAUGAGAUACAUGUCAUAGGGAAAUGUAUCAGAAGUGAGAGUAAAUUAGUUCCUCCACGACCUUUUAGGUGCCAUACCUACCUACCAGCAGCAGUGGCAGCCUGGUGGUGAGCCUCAGGAAAGAGACCAGCGGUCUCUUUCCUGAGGCUCCUGUCUUCACAAUCAUAAAGCCAGGUUUUCUCUGCCCUGUACUUGUAAUUAACCAUAGGGAAUUACUCUUUGAAUUUAACAGUGAAAAAACUUAAACCUAACAAAAAUACGUCUUGGAUAUUGUUGAAUUUUCUUGGCUUAAGGUGUCAUAAACACUGAUCUAAGAAAAGUGAUACAACACUUGGGAAGAAAACUGUAAAACAGGUAAAAGAGAUCUAUAUAUUUCUUCUCGGUCAGAAACCUUCUUUAUCUUCUGAUGAGGGUCUCUGACUGAGGCUGAGAGGCACACGACUCUUAGAACUGUUAUCUGUGUUUCACUUUUCUAUUCAAGUGUUUCUCACUUUCAUCGCUUUAUUUGUUCUUCUGGUUAACGAUUAUGUUCGUAAUACAAAUGUUCUUACAAAAGAAUAACCAGCUAAGAAUAUGCACGACAUUAGUGUAAGAACCUCUGUGUGACCGAUUGCCAAUAGUUUCAUAUUAUAUGUAGACUGACAGUGCCGGAGCUAGAGCCUGAUGCAUGACAACUGCGAGUGUGCUGCAGCUGGGGUUCUGACAUGACCUCAUGUCACACAACAAAUUUGUGAUAAGCUAUUAUUUUUGUUUUCAAAGUUCUAUUCAUUAGAGUUCCUGCAGCUAGAAACACUCAGAUUAUGUGUUGGGUUGUUGAGUUGUGUGCCAUCUUCCUACAUGUAAGUCCACUCAUCAUACUAAUAUCUUCAUUAUAUCAUUGUAUCUAUAAUUAUCAUCUCGCAUUUCUCAUGAUAAUCAUCAAAUAUUUAUCAUACGCAUCAAUGGUCAGUCAUUCAACACUGAGUUACUAUGUGUUGCAGGUAGUAAAACACUGAGUUACUAUGUGUUGCAAGUAGUAAAACACUGAGCUUACUAUUUGUUGCAAGUAGUAAAACACUG